CGACGGUAUCUCUUAUCGAUAUAUCGAUAUCUUAUCGAUCCGCGGUCACACGGGACAGAACAGCAGCGCGUCGUCGAAGUGAAAAAAAAUAAAUAAAUAUUAAUACAAUAUAACAAGUGCGUUCGCGCGUCCGUGUGUCUGUGUGUGUGUGUGUGUGUGUAGGGAAACAGGCAGAGGCAACUAGCAGAAAUAGCAAAAGGAGACACAGCAGCACCAGCGAAUACUUCCCGGAACAAAAAAAUGCAGAAAUUUUGCACUAGGCGGUGCGGAUGCGGAUGUUAACAGCAAAAAUGCUAUUCGCUAUUCACAAAAUGCCGCAGAAAUUCUAGCAGCAACAACAACACAGGCACAGGAAACCAAAAUCGGUGUGCAUUUUUUUUCGUGGAUAGUGGUUGCGGGUUGCGGAGAGUGGAGCCUCAAAGAGUUGUGGGUUGUGGAGUAGAGCGGAGUGGAAAGGUGGAAAGUAAAAGUGGCUGCGGUGGCGGUGACUGUGCUUACUGACUCUGUAUGUGCGCGCGUGAAUGCUUGUGUGUGUGCUGUGCCAAAAAGAAGUUGCAGAAAUAUCAGAGUUACGCAAAAACAACUACAACAACACUGCCGCAAAAGUUAUUGUGUAAAAUAAUUAAGUUGCAAAUACAUUGCCAAGAGAGCGCGAUUGAUUGAGUGAGAGUGCAGUGUAGUCCCAGUCGUAUUACAGAUUACAGUGAGGGACAGGCAGAGUGUGUGUUGGGAGCGACGACGAGGCAAGCGAAGAGGCGAGGCGAGGCGGAAGAGGCGACCCGGCGCAAUGAGCAUUAUUGGUGAGAAUAACGGCAGCAGCAGCAUCCCCCCUAACACCGCUACCGCCACCGUCAUAGCCACGGCCAAUGGGCCGCGCGUCGUUACCAUUUACAAGACGGAAACUGGCUUCGGUUUCAAUGUACGCGGUCAGGUGUCCGAGGGCGGACAAUUGCGCUCCAUCAAUGGCGAACUGUACGCUCCCCUGCAGCAUGUCAGCGCUGUUCUCGAGAACGGAGCGGCCGAGAAGGCUGGCAUCAAGAAGGGCGAUCGCAUACUGGAGGUCAACGGCGUCAGCGUGGAGGGAGCCACACACAAACAGGUUGUGGACCUGAUUAAGUCCGGCGGCGACUGCCUCACCCUCACGGUGAUAUCGGUGACCCAGCAGGAGGCCGAUCGACUGGAGCCGCAGGAGGACCAGAGCGGCUACUCCUACAUUGAUUACUCGGACAAACGCUCGCUGCCGAUCAGCAUACCCGACUAUGGGAUUGUCAACCGGAACGGAGAGCGCUACAUUGUCUUCAACAUACAUAUGGCCGGGCGACAGCUGUGCUCGCGCCGGUACCGGGAGUUUGCCAACCUGCACUCGCUGCUGCGCAAGGAAUUCUCUGGCUUUAGCUUCCCCAAACUGCCUGGCAAGUGGCCCUUCCAGCUAAGCGAGCAGCAACUGGACACGCGGCGACGCGGCUUGGAGCAGUACCUGGAGAAGGUGUGCGCGGUGCGGGUGAUAGCCGAAAGCGAUGCUGUGCAGGACUUUCUCACCGACACCGAGGACGAUAUCUCGGCCUCGCCGGUGGACAUCAAGGUGAUGCUGCCCGACCACGAGGUCACCACCGUCUCGGUAAAGAAGUCAUCAAGCGCCCAGGUCGUCUGGGAGAUCCUGGUGCAGCGCGCCAGUCUCACCGCCUACACGCAGCAGUAUUUCUACCUGUUUGAGAUCGUCGAGUACAACUUCGAGCGGAAGCUGCAGCCGCACGAGAUCCCCCAUCAGCUGUACGUGCAGAACUACAGUACAGCCUCCUCAACGUGCCUCUGCGUACGCCGAUGGCUCUUCACAGUCAGCAAGGAACUAACGCUGCCCGACGGCGAGCAGGCCGGACGCUUCAUCUUCUAUCAGGCUGUGGAUGAGGUGAAUCGUGGCAACAUCCGCGCCGACGGACGCCUAUACGAGCUGAAGGCUCUGCAGGAUGCCAAGAAGGCUGGCGACUAUCUGGCCCUGGCCCGCAGCCUGCCCGGCUACGGGGAUGUUGUGUUCCCCCACUGCUCAUGUGAUAGUCGCAAGGAGGGGCAUGUGGUGCCCGCCGUAGGCAUGAAGAGUUUCCGACUGCACGCCUGCCGCGAGGAUGGCUCGCUGGAGGCGCAAAUGGUUGAGCUGACCUGGGACAGCAUCACGCGCUCCGAGAGCGACGAAGAGUCCAUGACAUUUUGCUUUCAGUACAAUCGUCCAGAUAAGCCAGCUCGUUGGGUCAAAGUCUACACGCCAUAUCAUGCAUUCCUUGCGGACUGCUUCGAUCGGAUCAUGGAGGAACGCAAAUGGGACGAUAGCGGCGACUAGAAUUGGCCAUUGGAGCGGCUGGAGCAGCGGCAGCUGGAGCGGCUGGAUCAGCGGCAGGAACCACAGAUUAAGCAACCCAAUCCCCUCCAGAGUAUCAUCAACAGUCGAGCCGAGGCAUUGCAUAUUGUUCGCUAGUUAAGGGACCCCCAUUUUGUCUCACUCUCACUCUCUCUCCCUCUCUCUCUCUCUCUCUCUCGCUGUAAUUUUAUUUCUUUGCCACGUAUGUACAUAUGUGGGAUACAAGCGGUGUUUCGAUUCAGAUUCAGACGCGAUUUUCCAUUUUUCGAAUAUGAUUUGUACGAGUACAUGUUGAAGCAAUUGCAAUCGUCUUGGCCUAAUGAUGAUGAUGAUGAUGAUGAUGGAUAGAGGAAAAAAUAGAGAUGGAUAGAGAGAGGAUAGAUAUAUGUUUGAGUGGAAUGAUGGAAGGAAAAUGUUAACAGCAGCAACAAAAAUGUUUCACAUGUUUUCGGCACUUAGCACAUAGAGCAAAAGGCACCAAUUUAGAUCAAGCAGAAGAACCGACGAUUCUCAUAUACAAUAUAUACACGCAUACACA